AUGCGUCUCGAAGCACUUCUUACUCUCUUGAGUCUCUCCCUUGCGCCCUUGGCCCAUGCCAGAGUGCUUCCACGCGAUCCUUCAUGCCACGCAUCUGCAUCAACGGCCACUAGUCUCAAAGCCGAUAUCCGAGCUGACACUGACCGCGAUGGCCUCGUCGACCUCUCAGGCACCUCGGACUCUGAAGGCAAAACCACGUGGACUGCCGACUUUGGUGCCAUCUUCCUCCCCAACAUAGGAGACACGGACAAGCGCUGCUCCAAAGCUCUGCUCAAAGGCCCUGCCGUGAGCAAUGAGAAGCUCGACCGCUGCAACGAUGCGUCUGACAACACACUGCGUUCCGAGCAGUUCCUUGCUCCGCUCCGUACAGUCCCCAUGCCCGGCCUUCCCAAUGGCGCUUCUGGUCGCGUCUAUGUAAAGGACCAAGUACAGCGCAGCAACGUCCGCAUCUUCCACCAGGCCAGCUGUAACGGCACUUGGACAUAUAUUGACGGAAACUCUACCUUUAGCACAGCCGCACUCCGCAAGGGUCUUGUCCUCGGUAUUGAUGGCCGGGACGUCCGUCGCCCAAAUGGUUGGGAUGGUCGAGCCCUUGUAACCUUCGAUGUCAAGAGUUUCAAUGGCACUUCGUCCGACAGCGUCAUGUUACGCGUUGCCCCCGUUCUUACUCAUACACACCUCGACCCUGUGCAACAGGUCAUUGGUGUCAAAGGCAAUGAUACUGGCACCCCAUAUCUCAACCGCUUCAACCAGCAACUCCAGGCCGCCGUCAACCAAUCUGGCCUGGACGAGGACCUCUACCUCUUCACUGGAAGCGAUGACAUCUGGGCUCAGGACUUUUUGGAACCUGGAUUCGCUUCUAUGCCUGGUCCUGAUGGGCCCAUCAGCUUGCGCAUUAUGAUCCGAAGCCCGCAGGACGAGCGUGUUGCCGGCCGACAGUUGUUCGAGUACUACCGAGACACUGGCAUCGGCGCCGUUCAGCAGCUUGGCGGAUCACGUGACGAGAUCAACUCCGGCGGUAAUAUCGAGACCAUUCCUCCAUACGAAUUCAACGGUACUUCCUGGCCUGCUGGACGUUUGAUCCUCGGCAAUCAUGGCAAACAGAGCCACGCUAUGCUACCGUUUUUCCGGGCCCAAGAAACCCAAGACCCUCUUCUUCUCGAUGCCGACUGGCUAUUCGCCGGCCAUGUCGACGAGUUCGUCCAAUUCUUGCCCGCUGAUUCGGAGCGCGGUUGGGUUAUGGUGGUUGAUGAUCCCCUUGCGGGUGUCAAGAUGCUCCAGCAAAUCAAGGCUAGCGGACAUGGCUCACAGCGGCUCUUCUCUCGAAACAACGACACGAUUCCAGCAAACCCCUGCAACGACUUUGGUUGCCAGCCCAUCCCUGUAGAGUCUACCACUAUCAACAAGAUACUCGCCAACAAGGACCUCAUCUCCAUGCAGGAGCAAUGCGCCAAGCGCAUUGAGGCUAACGUGCAAAUCCUCAAGCAAGCUACCGGCAUCACCGAUGAAGAGAUUAUCCGCCUUCCUUCCUUGUUCAAGCGCAUCAACUUCGAUUUUAAUUUCCCUGGCGACAACUCUACGACCAACGGGACCGACUCUAACAAUAACUCGAACGACAGCCCUGUCACCAACGGACCUGAUGUACUCAAAGCUGGCGCCAUGAUCCCCGGCAUCGUCAACGGCCUCGUCAUGACCGGCUUCGACACAUACAUCGCCCCUAGCCCCUGGGGUCCUAUCAUCAACGGCACAGAUUUCUAUGCCCAGACGAUCAAGUCACUCUACGCCCGUGUCGGCAUAGACGUCAUCUUCGUUGACAACUGGAACUCACACCACAACUACAACGGAGAGAUUCACUGCGGAACCAACUCUGUUCGCGACAUGGAUGUGGACUGGUAUGGAGGCGACGUCAGUGGAGACGAUGACUUUAAUGGGGACAGCGGAAAUGACAACUAUACCAUCAAUGCAGCUGGUGCCUACAACGGAACCUAUGACAACGGUCCCGACGAUGCCGACGAUGCUGAUGACACCGACAAUGGAGACAACGCGGACGACGGAGACUGUGGAGAUGAUGGAUAUGAGUCAGGCAACGGAAACUUUACUCUCUCGUAG